AAUCGCGGAGCCGGAUCGCAAGCAGCCCGUUCGUACCCGCACAUUCGACGCGCGCGGAAGCGCGGCUCGCUGGGCAGCCUCCUCCAAAGUGGGCGGCGACUGCGGUCAGGAAGUCAUUGGCCCACUGCGCUCCGCCUCCUUCCCGGCAAAUAUCCCCCUUUGCCCCAGAGCGACGAAUCUGCGGGGGCUCGUCUCGUCACUAGCUCAGUUUAGGUGGUUGUCAGGGAGAAGCAAGAUGGCGACCGCGACGGAGGAAGACACGGAGCUGAGGGAUCUCCUCGUGCAGACGCUGGAGACGAGCGGGGUGCUGAAUAAAAUCAAGGUGAGGAGCUGGCGGGGAGCGGGACGGAGGCUUUAUGGGAUGGAGGGGAGCGCCUCAGAAGUGCGUCGGCGUAUGCCCGCCUGACGCCGGGAGAGGCGUGCUGUGCGUGAAGGUGCUGGUGGCGCGGCCCUCGCGAGAGAGCGGGUCGACACCAACGGCGCUAACGGACUCCCAACUGUCAUUCCCGCCCUCUGGACAAUGCCGCCUAGGCAUAAGUGUCACGCGCUGCCCUUUGCUUCGUGGCGCAUGCGUGGAACUCCUCCUGAAGCAAAAAGAGGUUGGUUGGUGGUCAGGAGAACAUAACGGAGAGACUUCCUGCCCCGGAACAAAGGCCCGUCCCGCAGUGGCCAGCCAGGUGCUCCUGAGCAGUCCAUAAAGCAGGACGUGGGAACUUUCUUUCCUGCUGUUGCUCCCCAGCAUCUGGUAUCCAGAGGCAUACUAUUUUCUGAUUUCUCGAUUGAUAGCCUUAUGCUCCAGUCCUCUUUACAACCCAUUUAAGUUGGUGACCAUUCCUACGUUUGGUGGAAGCAAGUUCCACAGUUUAGCAGUGCUGUGUGAAAAAGUCCUGACACCAUUAAACUUUAUUGGGCGAUCUGAGUUCUAGUAUUAUGAGAAAGGGAGAGGAUGUAUUUUCAUGCUUUUUCCGCAGCAUGUGUAAUUUUAUAAACUUUUCGUUCUCCCCGUUCUCACCUUUUGCUAAAACGACUGGGAGACCAGAACUACACAAAGUAUUCAAAGUGUGAACAUAACAUAAACUUUUAACAAGGCAUUACAAUGUUGGCAGUUUUAGUCAAUAUUGGACGCAGGGCUACUGUCCCAGUCUCCUCUUUACCAGGCUAAACAUGCCCAGCUCCCUCAAUCAUUCCUCAUAAGGCUUGGUUUCCAGACCUUUGAUCAUCUUGGUUGCCCUCCUCUGCACACACAUUCCAGCUUGUCAAUAUCCUUCUUAAAUUGUGCCAGUUCACUCAUAUUGGGGAGUUCCUUUUGGAGCUCCUCCAAAUCCCUCUUUGGUUUUGCUACCCUAUCUCUAGAUAAGUUAUGAACACCACAGUGUGCACUUUUCUGAACUUGCGCUGUAGGUUUUAAAACGACAACUGACUCUUUAAAUUGAUCUGAGGUCAACACCUACACUUUAUAAGCUGCACUUAAAGCUCAAGCUGAGCAUACACUGACCCUGAAAUGAAGGCUGAAGCCAUACUUCUGUUUGUUGAUUGACUUUUUCGCUUUAGCUUGGUCUGUGUUUUCGUUCUUUACAGCGUAGAAGUAGGAGGGAUCACUGAUAUUUAAUACAUAGUUGUUAGAAUGUUUACUGUCAGACAGGCAGCAUAGACAGUUACAUGACAUAUAUUAGCUAGAAUGUAUAGCAUUUCCCCAAGACACGGGAUAUAUGCUUUCCAAUGGCCUUUUGGCAUUGUUAUUUGGAGUUUGACCACUUCUCUCAUUCUUUGGGAUUACACACACAUUACCCUCCAAGAAAAAUGUUUAUAGAUCUUUGUUCUACAAUGAUAAGUUAGCACAGUCAUUUACUUGGGUUCAUUUUUCAGAAGCGGAUGCAAUGUGUGGCAGAGUCUCACCUUGCAGCAUGAGGCAGUUCACUGAUUCUUAAAUAGUUGGGUAAUUUGUUGUGUAGAGAGGGUAGGAAUGAAGUGAAUGUCCCUAGAUGGAAUAGGAGAGAAGGGUUGUAGGAUUUGAAUUAUGGAUGAGAAUGUGUCAGUAGAAAAUGAAGACCCCCAACAGAUUGAGCCUGAAGAAAGGAAACCAAUCCCAUGGGUUAAAAAACUUUACUUUUUGCCAAUUAUGUUUAUUGAUUUUCUAAAUUUCAACCCAAUCUUCACAAAUUAUACCAAAUCAAUACAAUUUUGAUUAAAUUACUUCCCACUUGCCUUUGUUGAUGUGACCUUAGCUUCUAAUAUUACUGUGUUAAGUAUUUUACAUUAUCUCCAGUUACAAUCCAUUACCCCAAAUUAUCCCUUGUCAGCUGUAUUUUUAGCCAUUUCCAGUUGUGUUGAAACAUUAUUUAAAGAAUUUACAUACUUUUGUAAAACUUCAAGUGAGAAUAAAAUACUUCUUUUCCUUUCAUUCUGUGUAUGAACUUUAAAUACACAUGAGCAGGAUAUCUUAAAUGUUUUUUUCUUCUUGGUUUUAUGUAUCUAAUUGAUUUGAUAACAUAUUUGUAUUUCACUUUUGCAACAACAAAUGCUGAGCUCAAAGCAGCUCAUAAUAAUCACAAUAGCAUUAAAAAACAACAUUGCAAUCACUAUAUCAAACACAAUAGCAUGUAAAUAAAGCAAGCAACAGCUCUUUGUGGAGUUUGUUGUCUGUUUGCAUGUUGCUUUGGGUUGCCCUGGGCAAGAUAAAGCAACUAACAAAUUAAAUUAAUAAAAUAAUGAUGUUGCUCCAAGUUCUAAACUGGCCACUUUGUACAAUGUGCAAAGGGUAAGUUGAUAGAAAAUCUGUGUCCCUAGACCCUUUCAUGAGUAUUGCAGGUUGACUUGAACACUUGAAGUGUCAUUCACAUGGCUUAAGUGCUGCUAUGUGGUUUUCUGUGUUGUAGUUUAAAUGAUGGAGAUACUGUAUCCCUAACCAUACUUCUGUGUGACCAAUGUUUCUGUGUGUAGUACUAAAUUGGACCCUUCUGUGUGAGGUUUGUCUUGGUAUCUAGUUUUCUUAAUAUACAGUUGCAAAAUGCUAUACAUUUAUACAAAUGCUGGCUCUCUGUUACAGGCAGAAUUGCGAGCAGCUGUAUUUUUAGCAUUAGAAGAGCAAGAGAAAAUAGAGGUAAGGAGCUGCCAAAACAAUGGACUUUUCAUUUCAUAUAGAUGUAAAAAAGCAUUAAGAAGCAUAAUAGAAUCCUGUGUGACCUCACAACACAAGUUUUAGGGAGUUGAACAAGUGUCCUUCAUUGCUAUCCUUGGAAGCCAGCUUUCAGGUAGAAGUAGAAUCACUGAGUUAUUGCAGUUUGUGUUACACCUAUGUCUUGGCUUGUGGGUCUUAUUUGUUCAAGCAUCCCAAAGUCUAACCAACUGUUUCUGUCUCCCAAGAUAGACAGUAUAGUUUGAGAUGCUGAACUCUAGGGCUACUGCUGCAAAUUGAAAGGAGGAGGAGGAAACACUGUGUGCUUUCUGCUUACUUUAAAGUCUACAGUUGAUGGAAGCCAAAUGCUCCAGAAAAAACAGGGGGGUGUUUCCCUAGCCUUUGGCAUCAUCAAGUAGGUAAAGAAUGAGUCAACAGUAAAUAAAAUGGUGCUGCUGCUGCCAACUUACUUCCAGAACUGAAAUUUCAAACUUUGUGUAUUAUUGCACAAAACAGAGCAAUGGUUAUUAUUUAAUGUUUUAUCCUGCUCUUUUCUUCCUAGAAUACCCAAGUUCAGCUUGGUUUGGGCAUUCAAAAUUAAUCGCUGCCAAAUUCUGGUACUUUAUGAUAUAGGCGUGGUUCACCAUGAGGAUGCAUAAGCAUUCAUGUAUAUAUAGAUAAUUGUUAUCUACCUGUUUUAUAUCUCUGUCUGUAAUCGUUAAUUGUUCUUCUCAUUUUUUGACAGAACAAAACACCUCUGGUAAAUGAAAGUUUGAAAAAGUUUUUAAAUACAAAAGAUGGUAAGCUCUGUCUCUGCUAGUUAAAGAUACCAUAUAUAUUUCCCAAUUAAUGUGUGGACACUGAAGCAGAUCAGUGAGGGAGUUUCUGUGGUUCUUUGGUGAUGUAAGCAGGCUUAAAUCACAUCAGGAGAUAUCAUUACAGUACUGUUCAAAGAUGGCUCACUGCAGUGGGAAGUAGAUGUACAGCAAACAGGGGUUAGCCUGUCCUUCCAUAGAUAAAAGCAAGCCAUAGACAAUUUCUGGUUAGUUCAGAGCAAGGUUCACUAAUGUAGAAGGCAGAGCAUUCUGCAGUCUGUUGUCCAGGGAGUUUUUUAAGGCCUCAUCUACAACUGAUGCCACUGGAGCUAACUGUGUCUGAUGUUCUUACUUGCUUACCUUCUGUUUUUUCUCUGCCCUUUUUAUAAUCCCCUGCUUUUUCUUUAUGCUAGAAUUUUCCCAAACAAGGGCUUCUCCAAAUUCUGUUAACUUUGCAUCAUCCCUCUUAAUUUAGUACAAAUUCCAUCUUGUCAGCAUUUGGUUGACAGAAUCUGCAAAUUCUACACUUUGCUAUACUUUUGUUUUGUUUUUUUAAAUAUUUAUUAAAAGUUUAAGAAUUAAAGAAAAAAGAUAAAAAAAGAAAAAGAAAUAAAUAAACAGUACAAAUCAACACAUUACAAUACAUAUACAUAAAAAAGAAAAGCAUAAAAAACACAAUACAUCAAAACAAAAACAAAAGCAGAAACAGUUAAAAACAUAUCCAAUAUUUCCAUAUCUUUAUCUUUCAUUAACUUGUUUCAUCGACCUCCUCACACCUCCCUUUUUGUAUUCUAGUUAUUAAUUGUUUCAGCAAAUCCUUUCCAUCUUUCACUAUUUUCUAUCAUAUAAUUAUCAUAAUUUAUUUUAACCUUAUCUUACCAUUAAUACCCUAAAACUUAUUUGUAUUUAACUCCUUAUAACAUUUCUACUAAAGCCGUAUAAUUUCAUUCCAACAUUUUUCUAACACUCAUUAAUUUUACAACAUUUCUCUAAAUAAAAUUAAUUUUAUGCUCCCCCCCCCCAAUCCUCUUCCACCGUCUCCUCUCCCUGGUCUCAGAUUCUGUCAGCCCUUUCUAUCAAUACCAUAUAGUCCAUUAACCUGGUGACCUUCUGUCCGAGGCUCUUAACUCUCUUCCCUGUCCCUUCUGCAGAUCUUCUUCAUAUAUAUCCAUGCACAUUACUUUGUCUUCUGCUGAUCUUGGUCUUAAUUUCCUUCCUUUGGCACUGAGGAGUAGAUCUCGGGGGAGCUCCAACCUAGCAAUGUCUUUAUUCCUUCUCAACAGGUCAGCCCAUUCUCCAUAGUCAGAACUAAAGUCCAAAAGAUAUUUCAGAGCGCCACUCUCCCCCUGACCCAAAUCCAAGUCCCAAAGGCCAGAGCAUCCCUGCAUAGGAGGAUCUAGCCAACUUUCCUUCUCCAAUCCAAGCAGGGCGCCAUCCCACCAAAUCUGACUUUCUCUAGAUUCAAUCAUAAAAGGCAACAACUUAUGUUCAUCAAAUUGCCUCUGGGAGGCCGGGGCUCCCUCCACUUGAAUGACUUGAGAUUCAAUAACAACUUUCUCCUUCAUCUUCUCCACAGCUUGCCAUGUCAAAACAGAUUCCUGGGUCAAUUCCUGAGUAAUUUCUGUAUAAGUAUUCCCUUUUUGUCCCAACUCGGUCAAUUUUUGUCCCAAGUUGUCAAUUUUAGUAGUCCUCACAUCCAUCUUCUCAUGAAGCUGUUCCAAUAAAGCACUUGUCUUGCAAAAUGCAAUCACUAGGGCUUCUUCUGUCAACAUUCUUGUCAAAGGUCAAACUCUAGUUCUCACACUCUUUAAUCUCUGCAGCUGGAAAAUUCCCCAGCUCCACUCCUGCAACAGUUCCAAAAGCUCCCUCUAAAGGAAACAAUUUCUAUUUGUAUCCAUCCUUUUAAGCACAGAUCCAGCCACCGAGCUAGUUUCAAUUUUCAGUUACUUUUCCCCACCUCCUUUUUAAAUGUAAAAGGAAGCAAUUGAAACAAUGUAUUACUCUUAUUUAACUAUCUGUCAACAUCGUUUUGUUCUCAGUCAAUGAACUUUCCUAAAGCGUCAAUCUUACUGACAGUCCAUUCCCAGGUUCGAAGCGGUGGUGAUUUAUCUUUCUUCACUCUCUCUCCUGCAGGCUUAAACAAUAGAAUUUCCCCCCUCUUCUCCUGCUUCCAAGGGGGGUUUAGUUAUUUUAACUGAUGGAGAUUUAAUCCUUUACAGAAAACUUUCCAGGCUUUAGCUUGCAACGUCUUUGCUUUACUCUAUUUACAAAAGAGGAAGGCGGACUUCCUGUUUGAGACCUUCCCGUUUCGAUGCCAAAUUAAGAAGUUUAGAAAUCCAAUUUUCCGUUCUACUCACGGGUAGUUGUUUAGAGUCCAAUUGUCCACAGGAAAAAGUCAGCGCUCUCCGGCAACAGCAAUGCGGCUUCACUCCGUGAAAGAAGCAGUCGAUUCGAAGCACCGCGCCGCUCACCCCACGUCACUCCGGAUCCCCGAAACCGGGUUUCCCCGCGAGUAGGGGAGGCGCAAAAGGUGCCAGCCGAAUCCCACGUCCACAGGCUUCUCCCGCCUGUGGUUUUUAAUGGGUCUCCACCUCGCCUUGGCGGUUCAGACCCUGAUUUCCACGGAGCGUAUUCCUCCCGAUCAGAGGAAAUCCGCCAUUGCCAGAGGCGCCAACCCGGAAGUCCUUUUGCUAUACUUUUGUUGGCUGCAAGCAUAAGCAUAAAACUUCAAGCAGUUUCAGAGUGAAAGUUUUGCUCAUGCCAGACCUUUGAAUUAUAAAACUGGAGGAAGGGAAACUAAAUAGGAAUUUGUAAGUGGAUUAAAAGCUGUACUUGGACCUGGUACUUUUCUGUAUGUUCUUGAGCAAAUCAUUCUUGCUUCUGCCUAUGUAAAAUAGGAAUAGUAAGCUGUCAGGAUUGUUGUAUUGUGUAAAGAACACAAAGAUUGUAAAAUAUUUUGAAGAUUUAAAAGGCUUACUAAAUCCUUUAUUCAUAAUAACCGAAACUCAAUUGAAUGACAUAGCUUUACAGUUAAAGGUCAGUCUCAGCAACCUCAGUGGAAACAAGACUGCAUUUCAUAUUUAAAUGUAGGUUAUAGCAAGUUUUGCCAACAAAGGUCCGUAUAGUUAAAGCCAUGGUUUUCCCAGUAGUGAUGUAUGGAAGUGAGAGCUGGACCAUAAAGAAGGCUGAUCGCCGAAGAAUUGAUGCUUUUGAAUUAUGGUCUGGAGGAGACUCUUGAGAGUCCCAUGGACUGCAAGAAGAUCAAACCUCUCCAUUCUUCAGGAAAUCAGCCCUGAGUGCUCACUCGAAGGACAGAUCCUGAAGCUGAGACUCCAAUACUUUGGCCACCUCAUGAGAAGAGAAGACUCCCUGGAAAAGACCCUGAUGUUGGGAAAGAUGGAGGGCACAAGGAGAAGGGGACGACAGAGGACGAGAUGGUUGGACAGUGUUCUCGAAGCUACAAACAUGAGUCUGACCAAACUGCGGGAGGCAGUGGAAGACAGGAGUGCCUGGUGUGCUCUGGUCCAUGGGGUCACGAAGAGUCGGACACGACUAAAUGACUGAACAACAACAAUAGCAAGUUUGCAGAGUGAUUAUUUGCCACAUUUGGGAAAUGGAUGUUUCCGGGGAAAUGUGCUCAGUUGAAUUGCUAACCAAUAACUGCUAGGGUUUUAGGCCUGAAGUAACUUGGAAUUUACAGAAGUGUGUGUGUCCAAAAUAAGACUUUAGUUUCUAGAAGAUGUAAAAUGGGUGGGGAACUGAAUCUAGCCUACAGAUCAGAUCCCUUAUUGCCCCCCACACAACCCAUGAGUCAACUUUGAUAAGUGCACAGGACCUAAAAUCUAAACUCUUUAAGCAUUUAGGAACUUGUAUAUGACAUCAAGUGUGAGGCAGGUGGGUCUGGUUUGUGGGGAACUGCUUUAAAGGCCAAAUUUAGACCCAUACUGGGCCACAUUAGACCCAUGGGUCAGAGGUUCCCCACUGCUGGUGUAAAGGGAAGUCCUCCCUGUCUUUGUAGCCCUUCAUAAAAGAGUGUUUCAGAGUAUAUGACUUACAUAAUACUAGCCCUUCCUCCACCUAUUUCUCCAUUCUUCCUAUUUUCCCGUUCUCAAGUGUAGUAUCACUAACACUGGAUCUUCCUUUCCUUGUCUACCUUCAAAAUAACCAUGCAAUGAAAAGGGCUUCCUUGCCUAGAAUUUCCUUACUCUGUUCCCCUGUCCCCGCCCAGCCUCACUACAUUUAGGUUUUAACUUUGAAUGCCAGUCUGUUUGGGAGCAAUUUUUGAAGAAAUUCAAUGAAAUAUAGGAAGACCUGUUUAUUCAUUAUUGAAUGCCCAAAGCAUUUUUUCACUAUAUCAUACCUGUUUUGUAAACAGUAGCACUUAACUCACAUUUCAACUGAAAAUGUUAAUAGUGAGUGCAAAUGCUGUACAGGAAAACCAAAUGUGGCUCAUUUCUUUUUGUAGGUCGAUUGGUGGCUAGUCUGGUUGCUGAAUUUCUUCAAUUCUUCAACCUUGAUUUUACUUUGGCUGUCUUUCAGCCUGAAUCAAGCACAGUAAGUAAGCAUUUUAAGCAUUAUAACAACAAAUUAGAGAAUAACACAUUAUAUUCAUUUUAAUUCUUAUAACAACACAUAAUGUAAUAACACAUUUAAUCAUUAUAAUAACACAUUAUAACACAGUAAUUCGACCAACAUGCUUGAAAUUGUCCCAUCCUCAAUUUUGUCCCCAAUUUCAUUUUUCUCCAUCAUCUCUCCAGUUCAUUAGCAUGUUUACUUAGGAGUAGACAUUGCAAACAGUGGGGCUUACUUCUGAUUUGACAUGCAUAAGACUGCAGUGCUAAUCUGAUUUUCCCCCUCCCCCCAAAUACAAUGGAACACUGUUUAAACCUUUGGUUCUGCUUUUGAAUAAAUGGGGGGGAAGAUAUUAAGAACUUUAACUUGAAUGUCGUGCUCAUGCACUUUAGGGACAAUUUCUUUUUCUGUCAGUCAGCUGUCAAAUCUUGAAUUUGAGAAAGAACAAUUGUGUAAAAUAUAUUGUGUUAAUGGCCGGGAAUGCUUUAUGCUUAUUUUUAGUUAAAUGGGCUUGAGGCUCGAGAGAAUUUAGCACGGGAGUUGGGAAUUAUAGAAGCUAAAGCUACAAAAGAAGGGCCCUUACUGCUGGAAGUGAUCAGAAGAUGCCAGCAGAAGAAGGGAGUGUCUAACUUUGGAGAGGUAAGGAUUUUGAAAAUGUGUAGUAUUUUAGUUAUACUAACUUUCUUAAUAAACUGUUUAUCUUGAUGUAGGCAUGCUAAACAAACUAUGACAAGCAACUUUAAUGUUUAUAUUUUGGUGUGUUUAAAAUUGUUUAUUUUCUAUUCUAAAACUAUUAUUUAGGUAGCCCCUAUAAUAUCUGAUGGUAUACAUUCUCCUCCAAAAUCAUCAGAUGGAAGAUCUAACAUACACUCAUUGCCAAGUAAGGUAAGUCAGAGUACUGGAAUUAAGCUUAAUAUUAUUUGAGAAGCACAUUUUCAACUUUCAAUUUUUUUCUCUGUUCAUUCUUGUCUAUCAAGUCUUUCAUUUUGUUAAUAGACCCUGUUUGACUUUCUAAACAGGAAGUAAGAUAUCGGGGAAUGAUAAAGGCAGAUAAUUGUUUAAUGAAAUAAAACCAUAAUCUGAUGGGGUGCAGGUAUAAAUUAGAAAGAAGUUGGAAAGUGAUAUUAUAAAACUAGAAUGACAAUGUGUGAUGUGCAAUUUUUGUUGCUACUUCAUUUGAGAAGCAGAGCAUGAAUAGCUGAAAAGUUCUACUGCUUUUCUCCCGCACUCCUGCUGCUAUGCUGUAGAUAAACAAGCCAAAGUCUGGAUGGCCAUGUGAUUCAUAUCCAGGCAUGUGGUUUAUCUGAAGGAAACAAAAGGUUACAAGUGUAACCAAAGUUUGUGCUUAGCUUAUUGUUCAUGGUUUGUUUGGUGAAAACCAACCACAAGCACAGGUUCAGCUGAUGUAACAAUCAAGGCUCUAGCUUCUUUUGUCUAUGCUACGAGAGAGAAGGAGCGCUGCAGAAACUUUUGUUUUAAAUUGUGGUUUAAUGUGAUGUGCAAACUAGGCCAUUGAAACUUAAUGUGGGGGGCAGCCUGUACCAGCUUAGUUUACUUAAGGUUGCUUGCCUGAUUUGAAUAUUGUGUAUUUACCUUGAUACAUAAUAAAUUGUGCAAGCCUGUACUAACAAGAGUUUGGCAUACUUGUUGGGGAAAUUAGUUUUGUAGACCAUAUGGACCAUAUGUGACUUGUUUAUUUUCACAUUUGUUCUUGUUUGUUCCUUGUAUCAGAUAAGGAAGGUUAGAUUUUUAGUAGUGUUGAUUUUUUCUUUUUCCUAGUAUCAAAUUACAACUUAAACAAAAGAACCGUGGUGGCAGCAAGUUUGAUUUUGUAAAGGCUUGUAUCAGUGUUACUCUAUGUAACCUUGGUUGUAGGAGCAAACAGAUUUAAUGAGAUACAUGUCUGCGGGUAGAAGACUAACUGUUGUUGAUUGGCUUUGUGUUUCUAGUAGUUUUAGCAAAAGAACAAGAUUACUGGGAGCCUCAAAAGAAACAAUCUCUAUUUAGAAACAUAUAUUUCCUAAGGAGUGUGCCAAUACAAAAAAGGAGGUAUUGACUGUCCAGCAGAAUAUUAAGAAGAAAUUUCAGCCUUGAUUAUCUUGAUUAAAGCUUUACAUUGUUAGAAGAGUUACUGAGAAAUUCUUUGCAACCUCUUUGCUUUUCUGUUUUCUACCUUGUCCCAAGAGACUCAUGUUUCUUAACCAGAUUCUUGCUUGUUUUAAUAAAGACUGAACAAAGAAUGCUAUACAUAGAGAAGUACUGGACAGAGGUAAACUAACUGAAAGAAUAGUGACUCCAUGAAUGGAUCAAAAGUAGUAUGCCUCUGAAUACCAGUUGCUAGAAGCCUCCUACUUCCCUUAGGCAUCUGGUUGACCACUAUGAGAGCAGGAUACUGGAUUAGGUGGCUUGAUGGCUCCUUACCCAUCUAGUCCACCAUUCUAUUUCCAGAGGCCAGGUGCUUGGUUCUUGAUCUGCUGAAGAAAGUAUUUAAGUCCAAAUGAGGAUUCUUCCACCUCUCUUUGGGGAGCAUUGGGGUUGCAAGAGAAAAUACCAGAGGGCAUUAAGAUGAUCAGGUCAUAGAAAUCAUCUGUUUUGCAGGUGACAAUAAAAAACUGGCAUGAACUGGUAAGACAUUUGCUGGUGUUGCUGUGGAACAGAGAAAAUCCUCUUACCGGCUAAACAGUUGCAGUAGCUGUGGUUAAAACAGAGAGAUUAUGUAUUCAGUGUAGCUAUUAUCGCUAGUGAUGUGAUGGUGAAGAGCAAAAGGUACCUUUGUUAUAGCAUGAAUGAGCUGCUUGUAGGACAGAGAACAGAGAUGACUUUGUCUAUAUGUAGAAACAACAUUGCAGAGAGAACUUCUGCCACUUACUUCAUCAGUGAAGUGGAGCCCUGUAAAUGUAAACCCAACCACACUCUGAUGUGUUGAACAGUAAUAUGUGCCUUCCUGUAAGUUAAUGUUGUUUUAUGUCACUCGGCAUCAAUAAUAUUUUCCACCAUGUAUGCAUGUAUCAGAAAGCUGUUGCCAAUCCUGACUCCCUAGUGCAAUGCAUUGUUUAAUGUUUCUGUUUGCAUACAUUACAACAUUGGAAAGUACAUGUUAACAAUUUGUCAUGCAGCCCAAAGUCUUUGUUAAUUUCUUGGAACACUUAAAGUAGCAGCUGUUGGUUCUAGCUUUGGAGAGUUCCUUUUAUGGGUUUCAUUACCUGGAUUAUUCCCACAGCAUCAUUUCAUAUGAAUCUUCCUUUAUUGGGGGCAAGAGGAUAAACUGGAUGAAUUGGCCCUUUCUUAAAUCUAGGUGAAAACUGUUCUCCGCACAAUGCCUUGUGUGAUCCAAAGUUAAAAUCUUGACAAUACCUGUUUUCUUUUUUAAAGGCAGUUUGUUGAAGAGUAAAUAUUGAAAGCAAGGUGGCAGUAUAUUCACAAAAAUGCACUCCAGUUGUUUUUCCCAAGUCACUUUUUUAACGUUUCUAAAUGUUUAUAGCUAAUAAAACAGAACUUACUUCCAGUGCUUGGCUAAUCAUUUGGGAUCACGGGAAUUAUUAAACUUAACAAUGUGCUAGUAAUGUUUUUCUAAAGAUAAAAUGUUUUAGUGUUGUUUUGUGAGGACACUGUUGUGGAUAGUGGUAAGAAGAUUCUUUUGAAUCUUGUAAGAAGAUUACAAUUGAUGGCUACUUUUUGUUAGGCUGCUAGGCAAUACUAAAGUGUUUGUUUUUGUUUGUGUGUUUUAAAUGAUGUAUUUCUGAACACUGCUAAAAAUGACUGAUGGUCAAAAGGAGACUCAUAAUGGUACUGUCUGUGUUGAGAAACUGGAAUAUGAUUUUGAUGUCACAUGCUAGAACUUUGUGGUUUGCUAAAUUAUACUAGUUUAAAACUAUUUUAACUGGCAUGACUUCCCACAAUGAAAAAUGAAAAUGUUUUUUUCAAGGUGUAUAAGUAAUAAUUGUAAAAUCUGCAUACUGGCUGUGGUCUCAUUUAAGGUUUCAGUCUGAGUCUGUAAGCACAAGUUGCACAUCUGUGAACAGAAUUCUGUACAUAGCAGCAGGGGUUACAUGACUCAAGGCAUUUGAAUCCUACCAAGUGCUUACAGUCUUCCUAGUAGAUAAAUAAAUUGUCCUGUAUAAUAAUAAUAAAAAAAAUAAUUUUUUAUUUAUACCCCGCCCUCCCCAGCCAAGACCAGGCUCAGGGCGGCUAACAACCAAUAAUAAAAAGAAGUUGAUUAAAAUACAAUUUAAAAGAUUAAGAUACAAUAUUAAAACAAUUAGGGAGCAAUCUCAUCAUAGGAGGAGAAAGGAAAAAAAAGGGGGGGGGAGGGAAUCAAACUGAUUCUGAGCCAAAGGCCAGGUGGAACAACUCUGUCUUACAGGCCCUGCGGAAAGAGAUCAGAUCCCGCAGGGCCCUGGUCUCAAGAGACAGAGCGUUCCACCAGGCUGGAGCCAGUGUUGAGAAGGCCCUGGCUCUGGUUAAGGCUAAUCUAACUUCCUUAUGGCCCGGGACCUCUAGGGUGUUACUAUAUAUGGACCUUAAGGUCCUCCGUGGGGCAUACCAGGAGAAGCGAUCCCGUAGGUACGAGGGUCCUAGGCCGUGAAGGGCUUUAAAAGUCAAAACCAGCACCUUAAAUCUGACCCUGUAUGCCACCGGGAGCCAAUGCAGCUGAAAAAGCACUGGGUGAAAAUGCUCCCAUGGCAGAGACCCUGUGAGGAGCCUCGUUGCAGCAUUCUGCACCCGCUGGAGUUUCUGGGACAGCUUCAAGGGCAGCCCCACGUAGGGCGGAUUACAGUAGUCAAGCCUGGAGGUGACCAUCGCAUGGAUCACUGUGGCCAGAUCGGGGCGGGAAAGGUAAGGGACCAACUGCUUGAUGUAAAGCAACCAAUUUGUUUUCCUCAGGGGGAAACUGAAGUAGUAAUACUUCCUUAUCAAAUCUACAUAUAUUUUAUUACUUUUCACAACAAAAUAUCACCUUUUAUAACUUAGCAUAUAAAAUUGUACUCUUUGGCAUUUUUAUGGAACUUGCACACUAAUCCAAUGCUCAUUUACUCAUAUGUAAAACCCACUCUUUGAUUAGUGUAGCUUACAGCAUCAAAAGUAUAAAUGCCUUAAUUUUAUGCAAGCAAAAUGGUGAAUGAACCCAGUACUCAAGAAAGAGAACUGCACUGUAUGCUACCUAAACAGUGUGUGCAGAACUUUUGCCAUCUGAGAAAUAAAUAAACAUUGAAAAUAGAACCACAAAUAUUGUUGUAAACAGCAUAUACAAAAUGGUUUCAUACAAUCACAGUAUUACAAUCUCUUUGUUUAUUUGAUUACUGAGUUAAGCAAUACAUAACACAUUUGAAUGUUUAUAGGUACAGUAUACACAAGUAUUCUCUAAUUAUUUAGAUUAUUUUACGUAAAUCUUCUUAGUGCACAUUUUUUGUAAAUUAAACCUGUAUUAAAGCAUUUCACUCAUUCCAAAAUUUCAGGAGAGCUUCUUUUCAGAGUUUCCCAAAGUUUCCAAUUUUUCUUUCCCCGUGACCCAGGCUUUCAUAUCUCUGAUCUUUUAUCUAGAAGGUAGACUAGGUAAUGAAAUGCUGUAGAAGUAGAAAACGCAUCUCUCUUAAAAGGAGAAAUGGUAGCUUCUGUCUAGUAACACUGAAUGUAUUUCCUGUACUAUUCCAAAAGUAUAUCCAAGUAUAGAGGCCAUACUCAAAAUAGUUGUUUCACUUCCAAAUAUGAAUGCUAAAAUUUUACAUGUGUGCUGGGGCAGUGUAAGCAAAGCGUGGUGGAAAACAGAAUUUUUUCCUGUGGCAAGAAACUGGAAAGAAAAUUUUGUAGAUUAUAAUGCUUAUGAAAUUUAUCAGACUCAUUCAUCACAUCUCUUACCAUAUUUCAUUUGAAGCCUGUGAUUAUUUUUAAGUAGGUGGGAGGUGACAGCUCAUGAAGUAAUCUACUGGUCAAGCAGAAAGAGAAUGUAGUAGGCAAGGCUUUUAAUUGGGUUUUUAGAGUGAUAGCAUAGAUCUAACUCAAUAAUCACAUAGCAUAACCCACAUAUAAUUUGUUUUCAUUUUUGUGCCGUUAUUUUAUUCUUGUGCUCAGAUACCAAGGUAUAAAGGACAUCGUAAACAGAAAAGGUGCUUGGACACAACUGAGCAGGUAAAAUGCAUGAGGAGAAGAAACUGACAGGUGCUUGUAGUUCUACCUUUAAGAAAGAGCAGCUUGCAGUAAAAAUCAUUGCAACUGACUCAUGGCAUUCGGUAAACUAACUCCACAAAUAUGUAGAUGUGACACAGACUCUGAGGCACAAUAUUAAUUACAUUAUGUAAAUUUAAUGCAAAGCUUAUUAAUAAGCUUUACCUAUCUUUAUGGAGCGGGUGCUUGCUUGCCUGCCCUCCUUCCUGCAUUUUAUGACUCCAUGCAGUUUUUGUAUCAAAAGGUCACAUCUUUGGAUUCCAAAACUUUAACAAUUAGGUUUUUUGACACAAUUUCAUUCAGUAAUGUUACUACUGUAUAUUGUUAGUUCUUGGUUAACUGAAGGCCAGUUCACACAUUAACUCAUGAAAUGAAACCCUUUCCUACCCACUUGGAAUUCUGAAUGUUUCUACAUACCAAAUAUGACUUUGAAAUUUGAAGCAUUUGCCUGACCUUCACUUUGCUGAGGAUAGAGGACCCGAUAAUUUCCCCCCAUCAAAGUGAGGGGCAGGCAAGCAGCUGAGGACUAUCUAACUUUCCCUGCAUAAAGGGAGAACCUUUAGGAUUCCAACCAGGCAGAGCAGGGCUGACUUACCUGUGGUUGCUCAUUAAACAUAGUGUGUACUGGUGCUGAGAUAAUGGAGUGUAUAUCUUGGAUAAUCUUGAGUGAAUUACUUUAUCUGAAACAUUUCAAUUUGGCUGUUAGGAUGUUUGGACCUGUCCCUUAUACAAAAACAGCUUUGUGGCAGAGUUGCAAUUAAGAUUUCAGGGAAUAGCCACCCAUUUCCUGUUUCACUUACUUGAAUACAGUACUGCUGCUCCUCUGCUCCACCCCCAACCUUGUGCAUCUUUUGAAAGCCAGUCCAGAAGGCAUGAAGAGAGCUAGGAAAGGAUGCUUUUGGUGGUUUGCUGUUUUUCCUAUGAGAUAGCUAUCAUAUUCCCUUCCUUACCCUGUCCUGAAGGAAUGGAGAAGGCAAAGACCACACCAUCAAGUAGUGUAUUUAUUUUAUUUAUUUAUUUGCAUGUAAAGUCUAUAAGCCUUUCUGUAACAGAAGCUAUUGGGAGAUUACCAAGAUAAAAAAUGAACACAAUUACAAUUGAAAUGUGGUAAAAAGCAGAUAAUAAAAACAGGUAUCAAGUCUAAGGACAGAUCAUACCAAAAUAGAAAGUUGAGAAUCAAAAACUGGAGCACUAAAUCAUAUAAAACAAAGGGAUAAAGUCUACAAAGUGUAAAAUAACCCAAAAAUUAAAAAACAUGGGAAAAUAAAAAUGUAUUUGCCUGGCACUAAAAAUAUGUUACAGUAGAUACCAACAAAGUCUCUGUAGGGAGACCAUACAACUAUCAUGGGGCUACUAGCAAAAAACGUAUUUUCACGCAUAGCUACUACCUAUACCUCAAUUGGCAGAGUCACUUAGAGCAGGCCUUGGGUUAUGAACUGAGGUUCCAGUGCGUGCAUAUAGGAAAAUACCAUAAGGUUCUUUAAAGGCCGAGUAAUGGAUGACUGCACUUGACCUUUACUUCUUUUUGAAACACUAUACUGUCAUUGGUCAUAAGAUGAUUUGAGGACUAGCAGGCAUUUGUGGGAUUGCUUUUUUAAUAGUGUUUCAGCAUUUUUUCUAUUCUGAAAGCAGCUUUUACUUUCAACUGGUCACAUCUGCACUGUAAUAUAAAGCACAUGGCUUCCUCCAAAGAAUUGUGGGAACUGAAGUUUACCCACAUGCAGACACACUCAUACACAGAAAACCCUUAACAAACUACAGUUCCCAAGAUUCUUUGAGGAAAGCCAUGUGCUUUAAAUGCAUGGGGUGGAUGUGACCUAACUCUGAACCAGCUUCACUGGUGUGUAUUCAGGAUGAAACUAGACAGUCCCCAGCUUUGUCUUUGCCUCCUAUUGUGUGAAUGCUGGUGGGGUGGCGGGGGACAUUUGCAUGUGUGCAGCGAUGCUUAACCUUUCUUCCACGCUGUGAUGCUUUUCUAUUUUUUAUUAGUUUCUAAUUUGUUCUUAAGAUUAUAUUUCCCUGGAUUCAUUAUGUCACCUCCACUAUUCUAUAAGCUGCCUUGAGCAGUUUUUAAUGAAAAGGCAAGAUAGAAAUAUUUUAAUAAAUAUAUCAGUUGGACAGAUAAGCAGAGGAAACUGCUUUAUACUGAGGCUGACAAUUGGUACUCCCAGCAGAGUACAGCUUACACUGUGUAGCAGUGGCUGUCCAGAAUUUCAAUCGGGGUUUUUUUCUAAACCCUACCUGAAUAUGCCGGGGAUGGAACCUGGAACAUUUUGCAUGCAAAACACAUGCUCUAGCACUGAGCUGUGGCCACUGCCUUCUCAUUUGCAACCUUUUUCAGUGGCCAUUUUCCCCUUAUUGCCAGAUCAAAGAUAAAAAAUAGGCCCCCAGCUGAAGAAUUGGGAAGGAAUGAUAGGUGGGGGGAAGGUAAAAGUUAAGCACUCCUACCCUCUGAUAACUGCACUAAAACCCACCUUAACCCCCCUCCCCAAUAUUGCUAUUAACUAUAUAGCAGGUGUUUGGGGAAUGAUGUGCCUACCUGUUUGCAUUGCAUAGGUUUUUUCAGCCUGUAAAUCUUUAUGAAAGGACAAGGGUUUGGGUAUCAUCCUUCUAGGAUGCUGCUACUGAGAAGUGGAAAUAGUAAUGCUUAGUAUUUGUAUACCACAUUUUAAGUGUUCAGAAUAGUUUUUAAAUCAUUCAUCCAAAGUUGUGAUUUGUUUGAUUAUAUGGAAAUUUGCAUUAGUCAGCCUUCAAAAUCUAGAUGAAAUUUCUCGAUGAGCGGUUAAUGGCAAUUUACCUGCUAGAACUACUAAAUUGGUUUCAGAACUGGUUACAAUGAAACUGUCAUAAAUCCUUAACUAUAAAAUUGUAUCAGAUUACUAAUACAAAAAUUCUAUUCUAAGAAAAUUGGAGCUUUGUUGAAUUGUGAGAGCCCGAAGAAGAGUUUUUGAUACCACACCUUUUAAAUUUUUAACUCUAAUACUGUAUAUUUAAAAGUAAUCGCUGAAUUUAAAAGUAAUCGCUGACACUCCUUAUGCAGAUAUUGUUGGCAUCUGUCUGUCUUGGGAAGAGUGUGCCUUUGGGAGUAAAGUCAAACCGUUGGAGAGUUACCUGCUGUGGCUGUAGAGAACAAUACAGUAGAGACAUAUUUUAUUACAGGUGGGGCAGACGAAGUCAUCUGGUUUCGGUGCUAUAGGUGUGCCAUGGCAUUUCUUCCCUCUGCUUCUCAAAGUGGUCAUUCCUCCUCUGGUCACUACUAUGGCUACAUGACUUGACUGUCUCCAGGCACUACAGUCAUCUGCAAGGGAUUCCCAUACCAGCCUUCAUGUCACAUUUGCAGACAUCUUUUUAACACAGAAUUGGUCUGCCAGCAGGCCUAGUGCUCCCUGCUAUCUUCCAUUCUGUGUACAUGACCAAACCAGUGUUGAUGUUGCAAACAUGCUGGGAAUGUGGGCUUGGGAGAGCACAUCUUUCUUUGGCAUUUUGUUUUGCCAUGUGAUGCUGGAAAUCUGCCUGACGCAGCACAAAUGGAAGGCAUUGAGGUAUUGCUCCUGGCGGGUGAAAGUUGCCCGUGACUCACUUCCAUAAAACAGUGUACUCAGUACAGAAGCCUGGUAGACCUUCAUCUUGGUAUUGGUUGUUAGCAUCACAUUUUCCCGUACCCUUUUGGAGAGGUGAGCCAUUGCUGUAGCUGCCUUGCCAAUACGAUUGUCCAGCUCAACAUCGAUUGAAAGGUUGCUGGUUAUGGUGAAGCCCAGUCUACCACCUCAAGCAUGUGGCUGCCUAUGCUGAUGUGUGGAGUGCUGGCUUGGAAUGCUGGCGAUGUCCUGACCCAUCAGGCUGAUAAUGAGGUGGAACUCCAUGCAGGCUUGGGCAAAAUGGUUGGUGCAGAUGUGGAAAUAAAUUUACCACUCUUAUGAAUGAAAAACAAUACUGCUGUUUUAUUGAGUACUGCAUUUUAUUCAUGUUGUUUCUAUUAAUCUGGUAAUUUUAGGUUGAAGUCCUACAUCUAUUUAACCUGGGAUUUAAUUCUAUUGAAGUCGUUGGGCUUUAGGGUGGUAUUUAAUACUUCUUCUAGAUAACGUUUUUAUGUUGCCUUGGAUGCUCAUGGAGUGUAAGGGUUAUAUAUCCCAUAUAAAAUGAAGCUGCCAAGUAAGUGUGUUUUAGGAUUAUAUUGUAAAAUUCAUUUGGGGCUCAAGUGAGUAGCAAACAUCUCAAAACUUUAAUAACUAUAACUGUUACAGGUUAAUAACUAUAAUAACUCAUUAACUUUUUAUGGUUUUAUUAUAUGGCAUUAUUGCUGUAAACAUACUUUGAUUUUUUUUAUUUUUAUUUUUUUAAAUAAUUUUUAUUAAAGUUUUGAACAACAAAGAAAGAAAAGAAAAACAUACACAAUACAUAUAACAAAAACACACAAAAAAACCAAGAUUCAACAAUAAAAGAACAAAAAACAUAACAAUUAAAAACAAUAUCUCUUUUCCAUUUCCGUUUUUUAGUUACUUAUUUUCUGGACUUCCUCAUACCUCCUUCUUUUGUAUUCCAAUCCAAAUUGUUUGUCCAGCAAUUUCUUUUCCACUUUUUUAAUCCCAAUCUUUAGCUUUAAUACGAUAUUGAAAUAAAUAACUUCAACUUCUUUAAACCUGAUCUUUGGUCUUAAUAUCAUAUAACGUUAAAAUUUUCCCUCUUAAUGUCAAAUUUCCAUUUCUUUAAACAUCUUUAAUCCUAAUCUUUAAUCUUAGUCUAUCAUUAACUUUAACCUGUACAGCUGGAAACCGCUUAUUUUCAGUCCAACAUCACUCUAACAUUCUUUAAUUUUGCAAUGUUUCUGAAGAUAGUCUUUGAAUUUCUUCCAAUCUUCCUCCAUCGACUCUUCUCCUUGGUCACGGAUUCUACCAGUCAUUUCCGCCAAUUCCAUAUAGUCCAUAAGUUUCAUCUGCCAUUCCUCCAGCGUGGGAAGUUCUUGUGUCUUCCAAUACUUUGCGAUGAGUAUUCUUGCUGCUGUUGUUGCAUACAUAAAGAAAGUUCUAUCCUUUUUUAACACCAUUUGGCCGACUAUGCCCAGAAGAAAGGCCUCUGGUUUCUUAGGGAAGGUAUACUUAAAUACCUUUUUUAAUUCAUUAUAUAUCAUUUCCCAUACUUUGAUUUUUUUUUAAUGCUACAGUGGAAUAUACAUAUUUAAAAAAUAAAUAAAUAGGAAACCUUUAUCUUUUAAACUUCUUUCUUUACAAGUUUGUGAAACUGGCAUUUCUGUCUACACAUUGCAAUUAAUUUAACAGAUAAUUGAAAAACUGUUGAAGUGACAUUGUGCCUACAUGACUAUUGAUGUACUACUGUAUGUUCUUUUUUUGUAUACAAAAAUGGAUUAUAACUCAAGGGUAGCAAAUUAUAUGACUUGUUUAAGGAAGUGGUUUGUUUGUUUUUUAGGUUACUGGAACAAGUCAUAGUGAUACAAGCAUCUUGUCUGGAGAAGCAAAGAGCAAAGGCAGCAUUCACUCCUUACCCAAUGAAACAAAACUAAUUUCUCAACCAAACAAUGAUGUAGAUACCAAAGAAAAGAAUAAUCUAGCAGUAGGAGAAGAUGAUGCAGAGGGAGAUUCCUUCUUUGAUGAUCCCAUACCAAAACCAGAACAAAGUUAUGACUGGUAAAUUGAAUGAACUACAACUAUAAAUGUUUCCUUUAGACAAUAAAAUAGUUAGACGUUUUAGGCUGGAGGAUGCUGCACUUUUCUACCUUAGAAUAAAUAAAAGAGAGGGUACAUGUUUUGCACAAAUUGUAGAAGAAUAGUUUGUUGCAGUGCCCAUAGAUUGCCUUUGUGUUUCCCCCAUUUACAGAAAUCGCUUUUUCAAAAAUAAGAAAAUAUAUUUCCUGCUUGACAAUAGAACCCUGUAAUUCAGAAAUAUUUAUAUUCAUGUCUUUAUAUAUGCAGAUGUAUUUUGUGAUGAUGACACCAUAAUGGCUUCGGUGUGUUUGCAAAGGCUGGCAGUGUCGGGACACCAGUGCUUCAACUUAGAGAAUGAUGGAUGAAGCCCUGCAUGCAGCAGAGCUUCAGAAUAUUCUGUCUAAAAGUAGCUUUGUGCAUCACCUAAGCUGUCCCAGAAACUAAAUGGCACUCCGAAACCCGCCUCCAACACAAGCCAACACUGAUCAAACUCAGUGUCACUGCAUGACAGAAGUGAGACUUGAUCAAGCAGAUCUUGGACUAGCUCAGCCCCUCCCUAGUCUUGGAAUGCUCUGUUUCAGGGCUUUCUGCUAACUGCUGCCUCCAGGCAUCCCACCAGCAGGCAGCCUGCACUUUUGGCAGCCGGCAGAGUCCAGCUUAGCUGGGAGAGGAAAGCAGAAGACACUUCAACCCUGUCUAAAAGUGAACAACAAGCUGAUGUAUUGAGGGGGGGGGUGGAUUGCUCUGCACACGUGCAAAUGGUAUGUUGUGCACAGAAUAUUUUCCUUGAGGCAAGUGGAAAAAUUGUAACAACCAAAUGGUUGUUAUUGCAUACUACUUCAUACAGGUUCAAGGAAUAAUCAGCUCUGAUGCCAUGUCUGCUUCUGAAGAAAAUUUUACUUGAAUUCAAAAUCAUAACAUGGUUGAUACAGUUUAUAUUUAUAUUUACAUCUGAAUCUCUUCCUCUGGGUUAUGUUGAUAAAACAUCACAUGACAUAAACAGUUACACUGAAGAGGCUUUGGAAUAGGUGAGAAUGUGUGCAGAGCUUUUCUUGCCAUAACUGGCAUUGAGAGCCAACAUUCAUGACUCAGUUUGAAGCAGUUAAAAAAUGAUGUAUCUCUCCCCCUUCCCUCCUUUUUAAAGGAAGAAUGACUCUAUCAAGGAAGGAAAUGCUUCUCUUUCUGAUGUACCACCUAUAAAGACUGGUCUGAGCUCUUUGUCUGGAGCACCUCCUCUAAAAAAGUCUGACAGUAAGUUGUUGAGUGAGAAAUUACACUCCCUUGCUCUAAAUAUUAUAAUAAUCUUGCAUUACAAGAGCAUACCUUCACUUAGCUUUGUGCUAGAUCAUUACCAUUCUGGUGUUGUUGUAAACAGUUUAAAGUUAUUAUUUUGCACCAGAAAAAGAGGAUAGGUACCUAGCUGUGAUAAAUGCUGUGCAACCAGGGCUAGUUGGCAAAUAGUGAUGUAGUGUUCUUGUGCAUUGCUGGGUUGCAGCACGUUACUCCCGACAACCAGUUCAGAUGCUAUAAAGCUAACCUGUGGACUUGCAGAAAUUGUUGAAUUCCAGUUCCCAUCAACUAGCAUAGCCAGUGGUCAAGAAUGAUGGGAAAUGCGGUGCAGUAACACCUGGAAGGCCACAGGCUAGUCACCCAUUCUGUAUAGAAUCCAUUCAAAUUUCUGUGUUCCCCACUGUUCUUGUACAUAGAUUCUAAUUUAUAUAGCAUGCAUAUUUCUUUUAUAUGAUCUGCUGACUAUUAUAAUGGACCCAAAGCAGAUUACAAUUUUUAAAAAGAAUCUAUUCAAUCAGCAAAACAAUCAAAUAACAUCUUAGGCACACUGUCAUUCUAUAUUUCUUGGAUAGCUAUCAGUUUUCAACUGCAACAGUCACCUUUUAUGAAGUAGGAGAAUGAAUUGGCAAGUAUGUUCUCCAGUAUUAUAUGAAGAUUGCAUUCACAUGUCACAGUAAGCUAUAAAUCAUGACUUACUGUGCAUAAACAAAUCUCACCUACUUUUUCUUCCCCCUACUCAUUGCUAGGAUGAAAGAAACCAAUAUUAUUGGCUUGGCAUUAAACCAGGGAUCAUGGUUUAUUUCAGUACAAACAAACACAGUCUGUAGCCAAGGUUUUUUUUUUGGCUUACUGAUCAUAUUUUGUUUCCUCCCAGUCACUGGCAUGUAAGUGGGGCACCUGGCUUCCACCUGGCAGACACCUCUCCCACUUACUAGGAGCCAAGAGGCACAGGGAGCUCAUGGGGAGGGGGAGCAGGAGAGUCAGAUUGGCUCCACCACUGGACCCACACAGUGUUGAGCUCCCCACAUCUUGCCCCUUUCCUGCUCAGAAAGCAGUACCGGUGCUUGCUAUUCAGUAGCCUGGUGCGCAGUUCACCCUUCACACCAACUGCAACUGCUUCCAGUACAAGCAGGAAAGGAGUAGUGAAGUGGCCUCAGUCCAGUACACCUGAAGGAGUAUCUCCACCCCCAUCGUUCUACCCGGACACUGAGGUCCAGUGCCGAGGACCUUCUGGCAGUUCCUUCACUGUGAGAAGCCAAGUUACAGGGAACCAGGCAGAGGGCCUUCUCAGUAGUGGCACCCACCCUGUGGAAUACCCUCCCACCAGAUGUCAAAGAGAACAACAACUACCACACUUUUAGAAGACAUCUGAAGGCAGCCCUGUUUAGGGAAGCUUUUAAUGUUUGAUGGAUUACUGUAUUUUAAUAUUUUGUUGGAAGCUGCCCAGAUGGGCAGGGUAUAAAUAAAUUAUUUAUUUAUUUAUUUAUUGGCGGGGUAUAAAUAAUAAAUUGUUGCUGUUGUUGUUCAUACAUAGUAAGCCAUGGUUUUUGUCUUAUCUUGACAUGAGAACAUGAGCAUAGAAAAUCAGCAUGGCUGCUCUUAAUACCAACAUAGCAACUUCACAUUUUCGCUCUGUCAUCUAUCUGGUUAACAUGCAUUUUAAGUAGGUUCUGUAGGAAGCAGUUACACACUUUUGAUCUUCCUAACCUCUAUUUUACAGAUGCAAACUCAAUUUUGAAAGAUGUAAAGAUGAUGAAUUCUAAAUUUGGAUCACUUGAACUAGGCAAGUAGCUCUUCUUCAGAAGGACACCAUUAAGAACUUUUUAUUGCCACAUCUUGUUUGGUAAUUGUUCAGACAAAAGAUAAAAAUUAUUUCUAUGCAUAGAUUAAUAAGUUUGAUGAAAUGCUUUGCAGCAUGUUAAGCUGUUCUAAAGUUACUAUUUUUCAGGGGGGGAAACCUCAUGGUCCUAUUUUCAUUGUUAAACUAGGUUGAUAGCAAACACAUCUUUCUAAUUAAAUACUGUAUGUAAUUUCAAGUUUUCUAAUCCUCCAUUUUAAUUAUUUAUAAGCAGGGGAUGAAGAGGAAUAUGCUGAUGAUUUCAAUAGGUAAGAGAAAAUUCAGAGUGGUAUACGUCAAGCAUUUAUUUGCAUUUGAUAUAAGUUAAAAAGAAUGCCCAUUAUUUUUCAAAAAGGGUUUAAAAAGUUGUGUUUCCAUAUAGCUAUACACCACACAAGCAUUUUCAAACUAUUUACUGCUCUUUUAUUAAUUUAUUGACGUUCUAAUACUCUGGGCAUGUUCACACAUUAUGGAAAGUCAUGGCUAGUGAACAUGCUGAUAAUUUCCAGUUUGCUCCUUUUUGUUAACAAACCAUGAUCCUUCGCUUAGUGUUGUGUCUGAGCUGGGGAUCAUGUUUGUUUCACUCUGCACAAACCUUUGCUUCAGGUAGUGAUUUGUUUGGAGUGAAACAAGACCCUGAUCCCUGGUUCAGAUGUAACACUAAACCAAGGAUCAUGGUGUUUUUCUCCGGCUUGCUAGUAGAAAGGAGUAGAGUAAAAGCUAUCUACAUGUUCAACAUAAACUAUUAGCCAUUGAUUACUGUGACAUGAACGCAGCCAAUUAUGUGCUUCCAAUUUUGAUGUGUGAAAAUAUUUUUUUUUAAUGAGCUGUCUUGGUUGGUUCUUGAAGUCAAGUAAAUAUACGCUUCCUUAAGUGAUCACAUGGCACCAGCAAUUCUCUAUAGAAUCACUUUGUGGGGUGCGGGGAGCUCCAUGUAAGUCACUGGCACUUCGAAGUAACGACUCCUGGUAUUUGAUGAAUUUACUUUAAUGUAGGAUCUUUUAAGCAGUUUAGCCCACACGUAACUUUGAAAUUCAACAUUUUAUUUAUUAGGUAUUUAGAAAUGUUUCUCAUAGAUAUUUUAAUUUAUAAGGUGUUCUUUAACAUUAAAGAAUAGAGCUUUAUUGUUUCCAUCUUUUAACUUUUCCUCAUGUCAGUACUAGUCAUCGGUCAGAGAAAAGUGAAGCCAGCAUUGGUGAAGAAAUAGAUGAUAUUUCCGUAGAAUUAGACGACUUCAAUCCUAGUGAUAAAGUAUGUAUAUUAUACUUUACAUCGGGAUGGGCAUGUAUCCAUUUUUAUUCUCAGUAGAAUAGAAUCCCAUUUUUGUAUUCUGAAGGUUGCUUGCAAACAUAUCGUUAUUGUGAGAAACAGUUAAGCCAAACAGUACCUGUACCUGUUUGCAACUGUGUUUAAGGGACCCUUGCCAAGUGCCACCUAGUGGGACACCUACUAUUAGUAGGAUCCUCACUCCCCAGGCGGUUUACUUGAUUGCAGCAGGGGUACUCCAAACAGCGCCUGGUGGUUGAGGCUGGGAAUCAGCAUUUCAAUCCCACAAUGCCCCAGAACAACACUACAUCAGAGAUACUGUAGGAAAUUUAACUGAUGGCUCUCAGACCUAGCCUUGCAGCCUUCCUUGAUUGGAACACCAGGCAGGGGGAUGGGAUUGAAGGGCAGGCAAAGGAGAAUGGGAGUUCUAGUUCACAACAUCUGGAUGGUACCACAUUAGCAACCCCUGCCCUUUCUCCUUCCUGUGCAGAAUGAGUAAUGUGUGAACUGAGCUCUGCUUAAUUUAUUUGAAUGUAAGAUCUCCUUAAUAAUUGCAGUAUAUUCUCUGUUUGAAGGAGGAUGAGAGGUGGAGGUUAUGGUUUCAGGGAUACCACAUAUUUCAAGAAGCAUAGCACAGCAUAGCUCACACAUGCUUUUUCCAUAUGGCCAAAAUAAGGGAGGGAGGGGUGGCACCUGAAACAUAUUGAGAUUUUCCCAAGUAACUAACAGUCUCAUGUGCACUUAAUAAAGAUUAAUACUUUUAAGUCUCCAGUUCAGGCAACAGAAUUAUCUGUAUGAUCUGAAUCACUGUUCUCUUACCUUAGGAGUAUUCUGUAUCUCUGUACAUUAACAAAUGCCAUUUUGCUCUUCAUUUUGCUUCAGUAGCAAGUAUAUAUUGUAAAAGUUCAUUUUUUAAUCUUCACUGAAAAGAAAUUAAUAAAGUGUUUGAGUAUAUGAAAUUGCUAAUAUAUUUCCCCAACUAUGGAUGAAAUCCAUCAUCAUGCCAGCAAACACAGUGGAACUUCCCCUUCUUCUCCUUAUGCCUGCAUCUGCUCCAUCCUGCACCACAAUCUGCUGCAGAGAGUCUCCCAAUCUUCUGGAGCAGAUUUUAGGGGCAUGCUGUAGGGAAGAAGAGAAGGGGAAGCCCUGUUGGUAGCAUUACAAUAAUAAAAUGAACACAAGCAUCAGCAGUGGCACAAAGCUUCUAAAUAUUGAUUUUUAAAAUAUGCUCUCCUUCCUUAUUUUACUGAAAAUUUAAUGUACUAAAGCUGCUAUCCUAUACAAUCUUUCCUAGGAAUAUGUUUCAUUGAACUCACUGAGACUUACAUAGGGUUGCCAUAUGUCCACUUUUUCCAGGACAUGUCCUCUUUUUCACAGGUAGAGUCAUCAUAGCAAAUGUGUCCUCUUCUUUGUUCUUUAAAAUAUGGCAACCCAUAUAGAUAGAUAGUAGUGUGUUGCCUCUUGCUCAUAGGAAAGUACUUGAGAUCUUCUUGAUAGGAGUUUUUAAUAGAAGAUAAUGUUUUAAAGAACAGCUUAGCUAUAAAAUACACUGGAUUUUAAACAUCAGUUAACAUUUUAAUAUUUUCUUUUCUCCUAGCUUGAAGACUUCACACAAGAUUUCACCAUUUCUCAGUUAAGUGGUGAAGCAGAUUACUUAGAGGAUGUUGCAUGAGUAGAACAAGCAAAGAUCUUAAUUUGUUGACUUGAAGAACUUUGUAGACUAUAUUUUAAGACAAUCACUCUGCUGAAAUAUCCCCUCCCAAGUUGUGCCUUGUGUUUCAACAGAAACUCCCCCAACAAACUGGAGUUGGGAAAAGAGUUUUUAAACUUGUAAGAACUGAAAGAAGAAGUAAUUUUGGAGCGUGGUAUUGCGGUCUCGUUAAGCUAAUUCGUAUGUGUAAUAUGUCAAAUAUUUCCCAGAAAGAUGUCCGUUGCAGGCGACAGACACAUCAAGAUGAUUGAUCUACAAGAAUUCAUAAGGGAAGAGAUCUACAAAACAGAUAAACAGUGGCAAACAUGGCUUAAUGUCAUGGCAACCAUUUGGCUUUUUGCUGAAGAACAAACAGUAUUUGAACUUGCUCUUCUGUUGACCUAAUUAAAAUUACAGUUUUUCUCUCUUAGCUGUUGAAAUUACUUUAGUGGCCAGGAGAUAUAAACCGAGAUCUUCAAAACUGACUCGUUAGAUUGCCUAACAUGAGGCAUAUUAAAAUACUUUAGUGGCUGAAUCAUGAAUCCCUGUGGUUUCUAGUAAGUUGGUCCCUUGUUGCAACUUAGGUGCUUAGUUUUGCAUGGCCAAGAUCACUAGGUACUUCUGAAAAUUGCAGCUGGAAUAUGAGCCUUAACUCUAAACUUAUUUUUAUAUGUUUAAACAUUUGUUAUUCUAAGAUAGCCUUUUUUUUGGUUAAUUUAAUGAAAGCUAUAAAUGGUUAUUAGCAUGAGGGUUUUUUCUUUGAAACACAGCUUAAUACUGAAUAAAACUAUUCCAAGAAGGACUGUUUUAAAGUUUGGGAAUGUUAUGUGAUGAGAAUCCUUCACUUAAAAUGAUUGCGUGUGUGUGUGGUCUUUUGUUUUUUAUGUGUGGAUUUGAAGAGCAUUUAAUCUGGGCCUCUCUGAAGUUGUGGAUCACACCUCCUGCAUCAAUUUGAACCUAAAUAUGUAAAAAUGGCAAACAUCUAAAGCAUCCCUUUGUAAGUUCAUUGAAGCCCCCUAUGCAAAUUAGCUUUCAGUCCUAAAAGUGUGUAUAUUUGCCUCAUUUAUUUCAAAGGGACCUGGAUGUAUGUAAUUGCAGAAUUGCAGCUUUAGGCUGUAGUUCACCAAAGAAUGACAAUACAAGAGCUUCCAAAUAAAGCACAUAGGGAGGCUGUGUAGUGGUUGGUGGACUUCUCUGGUGGACUGCAUUAAUCUCAAAUCAUGCCCUACCACAGUGGGACUUGUUUGUGAGCAAAUGUAUGUGGAAACAGGUUUUAACCGUAAGCUUUGUGAAAUAGAGUCAGUGAUGCAAAAGUUGAUACAACUUCAGCAAUACCUGCUGCAUGAUAUGUUAAAUUAAGUCCUGGUCAUUUUGUGAAACUGAAAUUAAAAAUGUAAUUCUUUGGGUACUGUAAAAAAUAACUUUUCAGAUACAUUAAGUAAAAAAAAAAAAAAAAAGAUAGCUUCUGUUUGAGCAGUUUGCUUCUUGAUAUAACAGUUAUCGUAACAAAUGCCAGUAAGCAUUUAUUUACUGUAUUUGGCAGUAUGCUUUAAGGUUUAAGUCUACAAACUACUUUCUUAGUAGUAGUUCUGGUAAUCAGGACUGAUGUGAUUUGUCCAUUAUAGUUGAAGACCUAAAUUUCACAAUUACAGUGGAACCUCUAUUUGUGACCAUAAUCCGUUCUGGAGGUCCGUCCGGAGGUCGAAAUGGGUCUCUGAGAGAGGCGCCGUUGUGUGCAGGCACGGGCGGUGAUUGCCCGCUUCUGUGCAUGUGCAAACGGCUGCAAACCCACCGGUUACUUCCAGGUUUGCCGUAAGAAGAGGCUGUGGUAAGUAGAGGUUCAACUGUAAUUGAUGUGAUAAAGUCUCUACAGCUUGAUAUCAGUUGUGUGCCAUGAAUAUAUGUAUUUUUACCAUCCUCAGAACAAAAUGCAGUAGUAUAUCUACAGCCCUGACACAAGGGCUAAAGGCUGGAACAAAAACCUUGUGGAGGUGCUUGAGACUAGCAGUGUACUACUCCCCCCCUCCCUUGCCUAUCCUUCUGAACCAUACACUGCUGUGGUUUUCAUUAACUGCAGUGGCUGCAUUCUACCCAUGUCAGGGGCAGAAUGCUGGUGUAGGUUGGUUGCUGGGAAUUGCAAGUGGGGAGAUUUCAGUUGCAGUCUUCUGUAGGUGAGCCUCGGUAUGAUCUAGCAGAAGCUUUAAUUCUCAUUUAUUUAGUACUAAAAGACUACCAGCACUGACUUGAAUAAUACUUUAUUUCUCCAUAGCUGGGGGAAGGAGGCAAUAUGGCAAGGAUUCUUUUUUGAUGUUACAGUGCGCCUCCCCUUGAUCCUAACAUUCAUAUACAUGAUAACAAAAACGGUUUAACCUGCUUGAGCCCCUCCUUCAAUUUCCUCUCUCCAUCUCCCCUUUUUUAAACUUUAUUUUUAAUUGAGUGGGUUUACAUCUUUUAAAAAGAAAGAAAAGACAAAAAAAUACACAUCAGAUUUUACAUUUAUUUAUUUUAAUGCAAUGGCAUUAGUAUUAAUUGCACAGAAAAGAGUAGGGGGAAAAUAGACAAGGUCAGCCACGGAUGAGGAAAACAAAUGGGGAAAAUACUAGUUAAAGACUGCUUCCAGAUGAAUUACUUCAUGGGCUUACUAUAUUUGAGAAACUAGACCUUUGAUACAUAAUUUUGGCAGCAUUAAAUGCUCAAUUUGCAGCUUCAACAACCUCCAGCCAUGGACUUCAUUGCUAGAUUUGCAUACUUUCGGCCAGCUUUCCAUUUUUCUUAGAGGUCAUUUUCCAUUUACCUGUGACAGAAAUGAGAGCAGCCCAUAGAAAAAAAUGAACAAUUUUAGCAAAGCUAAAAGACAGAGAAGGCAGGCAAGCUGUUGAAAAAUGGUAUCUGUUCAUUCUAUUCUGGAAUAACAAGGUUCAAGAUAACGCACAACCAUGUUGUCUUAUGAGGUGUAUUGUAGCGUCAGUUACUUGCACUGUACUAAUUCUGCAAGUAUGCUCCUUUAUAGAAAUCAAACACUUGUUGCAUCAUGUAAGGUCCUUUUGUAAAUGGUUAUUAUUAUUGUUUAAUGCUUGUUUUUUCUUAGUAUUGUAGAUCUUUCUAUGUAUAAUAUAUUUUUUUAAAAAAAUUAAAAACGGUAUACCUAAAAUGGCAGACUCACUGAAAAAACUUUUGCCCGCUGCCUACAAGAGCAUCUCGGGUGGUCCUUCCACAGAGGAGGUGCCAGCACUAAAACAUAGCUUCUCCUGCUCACCACCCAUCUUACUUCUGUCAGCAAGGAAACAUGGAGGAAAGCACUGACUGCUGUCCUUAACUAUACCCCCCACUGCCCAAAUGCUGCCAACAACAAAAUACUAUUCUAGCUAGAGAUUUAUCUGUAAUUGGGCCAUUUGUAUUGAUAAUGGGGAUUAAUACUUCUGUUCAGAUAACCUAGGUACUUGAUCCCCCUUAUACUAGAGGAGAGAAACUAACAAACAC